UUUUUUGCUCCACUCCGGUCCUCGGUGCAAAGAAAUUGUGGAUGCUACACCUUGACACACUAAUUAAAUUGGGGGAGUGGCGACUCUAUCUGUUUCGUGACGAUUUACAUAAGCUCAGUGCUCCAACUUUGGUAUCAACUUGAGGCUCACAGCUUAUGGACAUGAAGUCCGAUACACCCGCGAAGGAGAAUGCAGUUGCGAAAGUUGCUCCUGAGGAAAAUGACGCGGUGAAAACCACAGAGGAGGAUGCUCGAUCUGCGUCGACGGAACCCCAGCUGAGGAAGAGAAAGACGGGCCUUCACAUAUUUUUCAUGGACAUAAGGAGCGUGUACAAGUUGGAUGAACUAGGAUCAGAGAUCGCAACGAUAGCGAUUCCGGCGGCGCUUGCUUUGGCAGCUGAUCCUCUUGCGUCUCUGGUAGACACUGCUUUCAUUGGCCAAAUAGGUUCGGUGGAGCUGGCAGCAGUAGGAGUCUCUAUUGCUCUAUUUAAUCAAGUUGCCAAGGUUGCAAUCUACCCUCUAGUUAGCGUUACGACAUCUUUUGUAGCAGAAGAAGAUGCUACUUGCAGUCAGAUCACUGAAGAGCGAAAAAACGCAGAUGUAGAAAAGGCGACUACCGUAAAUAACGAUAACGAAGAACCAACUUCUUGUAAUGUUUCAGACUCCAGAAAAGCAGGGUAUAGCAUUUCUUGUGUAGCUAACAAAUUUACAAAUCCGUUUCGAUCUGGGAGUAAGCGUAAGUAUAUACCAUCGGUAUCUUCAGCAUUGAUCGUCGGUGCACUGCUUGGAUUUGUUCAGACUAUUCUACUUACAUUUGGGGCAAAACCUUUGUUAAACAUCAUGGGUGUAAAAUCUGAUUCCCCAAUGCUAGCCCCAGCAUAUCGAUAUUUGACAUUGAGAUCACUUGGUGCUCCUGCUGUUCUCUUAUCAUUAGCUAUGCAAGGAGUUUUCCGAGGCUUUAAAGACACAAAAACUCCUUUAUUUGCAACAGUUAUUGGAGAUGUAACCAACAUCAUUUUGGAUCCAAUUCUGAUAUUUUCUCUUCGUAUGGGUGUCACCGGUGCUGCCAUUGCGCAUGUGGUUUCUCAGUACCUUAUAACAUCGAUACUCUUCUUUCGAUUAGUGAAACAGAUUGAUGUCGUCCCACCUAGCAUCAAAGCUCUUAACCUACGCCGGUUUCUUAGAUGUGUUUCGUUAUGUUUAUUUCAGGCUAUACUUGCUAGUGCAUUUGCUAGAGGAGAUCAGCGUAAAAUUCUGGCUUCUGCUGCCCGCGUCCUUCAGUUGAGCAUAGUUCUUGGGGUGGUGCUCGCUCUUGCGCUUGGACUUGGAAUGCAGUUUGGAUCAAGAAUAUUCACAAAGGAUGUCAAUGUGUUAAAGAUAGUACAUAGAGGAUUACCGUUUGUAGCUGCAACUCAACCGAUCAAUUCUCUGGCAUUUGUUUUCGAUGGUGUCAACUUUGGAGCAUCAGAUUACACCUUUGCAGCAUAUUCUAUGGUUGCCGUUGCUUCCAUUAGCAUCCCAUGCUUGAUUUUUCUCUCCUCAAGCCAUGGAUUUUUGGGAAUUUGGACUGCAUUGACGAUCUACAUGACCCUUCGGACCUUGGCCAGUAUUUGGAGGAUGGGGGCGGCGAGGGGGCCAUGGACCUUCAUUCGAAAGUAGACGUUAACAACAAGAAUAAUAUGAAUAANGU